AGUGGUGUUUGCAAGUGGAAAAGAUAAAGUCAUUAGUCAUACGUGUUUCUGCAGCGUUCCAACUCUGGGUGGUUUUCCCGCGUCCUCUGGGAUGAGUAUAAAAACGUGCGGCGGACAAGACGCACUCGGCUUCUUGUCUCUGACCAACGGGGCGGACGGCGACGUGAUGUGGAGGAAACUGAAAGAAGUCUUGCAGCAGCUGAACAAAGUCAAAGACUCCUUGCAGCGCAGACACCUGCUGGUGAGCACGCCGCCACAGGAUAUUGAGGACUGCUGCUGUCCGUCAGCGUUACAAUGCUUCAAAUACAACUUGCAGCAAUUCAACCUGACAGAGAGAGAGCAGCGGAAGUUCCACAGAGGCCUCAAGCACUCCCUAACUGAGAAAGCAAUGGACUUUUGUGCGUCGGGACAGCCUGUGAACAAAUGCAAAACGUGUGAUUCCUAUCCCAAGAAAAAUGCGAUGGAAUUCCUCCAAAGAUUGGAGUCUCUUAUCAUAAGGGCCAUUGACAUACGCAGCAGGAAGUGAGGAGAGACAAAAGUUGAACGGUGCAAGAAGACUACACUACACUGAGGCGACUGGCUUCUAAUUUAUUUAUUUAUUUCUUAUGGUUCGAGAAAAAACUGCUUUGUCGCCCUCGAGUGGACACGGCCUUUGGUUUUCUUCAGUGUUGGGAUAAAACAAGUUUAACAUUUUAAUGUUUAAGUACUAUGUACUAUGUCAAUGUUUUUGUCAAGCACUUGACAUAUUUAUACUAUGUAUAACAUCUUUGUUAACAUUUAUGCGG